CACCAACGCCCCCUUACCGGCGGGAUGGCGCGCGGGAGAGGGAAGAUGGCGGGCGGUGGCCGUGGAGCGUCUCUUGCUGCAUCGCCCGAAGGAGCCGCGGAGGCUCGCGAAAAAGCCUUGGAGGAGGGGGUGAACCGGUGGGCCAUCCUCUUCUACGCCCACCGGGCUCUUCAGGCUUUCCGGGCCGGCCACAGCCAGGACUUUCGCCAGCUGCGCGACGUCAUAUACGGUGGGGAGACCAGUUUGUUUUACGAAAGGGGCAUUUGGGGAACAUUCUCGCUGGGUUAAAUAACUGUAAAGGUAUUUCCUGCUAAGGAACAUGAGUGUAAAUAACUAAUAAUAAUAAUUUUAUUAGUUAUACGCCGCCCAUCUGGCUGGGUUUCCUCAGCCACUCUGGGCGGCUCACAGCACAUAUCAGAACAUACUAAAACAUCAAACAUUCGUCCUCAGUCGUCCCCUUCUCCUUGUGCCCUCCACCUUUCCCAACAUCAGGGUCUUUUCCAGGGAGUCUUCUCUUCUCAUGAGGUGGCCAAAGUAUUGGAGCCUCAGCUUCACAAUCUGUCCUUCCACUGAGCACUCAGGGCUGAUUUCCUUAAGAAUGGAGAGGUUUGAUCUUCUUGCAGUCCAUGGGACUCUCAAGAGUCUCCUCCAGCACCAUAAUUCAAAAGCAUCAAUUCUUCGGCGAUCAGCCUUCUUUAUGGUCCAGCUCUCACUUCCAUACAUCACUACUGGGAAAACCAUAGCUUUUACUAUACGGACCUUUGUUGGCAAGGUGAUGUCUCUACUUUUUAAGAUGCUGUCUAGGUUAAUAGUCAUUAGGUGUUUUCAUUUAAGAAAAAAUGAACCUAAAGCAACUUAAAAUAUAAUACAAUCUGUGUCCGUGGAAAGUUUGUCAUUUGCCUUUAGAAAUUAAGGGAAAUAAUAAAUUUUUAUUUAUACCCUGCCCUUCCCGGUUCAGAAAACCGGGCUCAGGGUGGCUAACAAAUUUAAAACAAUUGUGAUACAACAAAAAAACAGCAUAAAAUACAGUACACCUGGUUUGCUGAACUAUCUGAUUUUGCUUAGUAGCUGUUUUGACUGUCUUGUUCUUCUCCAGCUGUGCUUGCAAGGCCCCUAGUGCUAGAGAAACGCAUUGGCAUUCAGCUGCGGAUUAUCCAGCUUCUGUCUAGGAUUGAAGAAGAUUGGGCCAUUGAUACCAAGACCAAGUUAACACCUCUUGAAUAUGCCCUUGUUCUUUUGGAUAAGAUGAAGAAUGAAUUGGACAUAGGCAUUGAUAUAAUAGAAGAAAUAAGAAAUAAAAUAAAGGAAGCAGUAAGUGUUAGCAUUUCCUCUUCUGUAGGCACUGAUUACUGUUUCUCAGCCUAGUUAGUAUGAGGACAGCUGUCUUGAGUUUCAAAACGCAGUAUAUUUAGGAAAGGGUUUAAUUAAGGUGCUAAUUCAAUGCCAGGAUUAACUCUUGCCUAUUUUUCUCCAUGCUUAAAUUGGACUUUUAAAUAAGUUCACAAAAGUUAAUAGAAGCAAGGAGGCACGAUUCCUAUAUGUUGGGAUGAAAUGAAAGAGAAAUGUCUCCUCAGAAGUGCCUGAGUUUAUUGGAACUCAGCAUGUUUUGAAAACUUGUUUCCUUCUGGGGCAAUCCAGGAAAAGCUGGCUUCUUGACUCUCCUGAGGCAUACAUUAUUUCAAUGUUGUUAGCCUACAGACUUUUAAGUAACUUGCCUUACUUGAAUAUUUUUUUUAAUUCCUUAAUAAGUGGUCUAAUAUUACACAAUAAAACACACUGGGUUGAAAAUGUGAAGCAGAUCUAGAAAAUUGCCAGAGGGAUAUCUCUCGAACAGUAUCUUCUUAGAUUAGGAACAUUCCCCCAAAGUCUUCCUUGCAAACCAUUAUUUUGUCUUUCUUCUCCAGGCUGUUAUAACCUGUCUAAAAAACAAAGAAUAUGAACAAGCCAGCAAGAUCUUGAGGAAACACAUGUCAAAGGACCCAAGUUCCCAGGUGAGCUUUCAGCAGGUAUGAGUUCAUGUCGCUGUUGUUGUUGAGAUGUGCCUCUUAUAGGGUCAUUUCACUGCAAAGCAGAGUCAUGGUUUGUCCUUCCCACAUUCUCAAAUUCAGUGAGUUCUUUAAAUACUUGAAAGUUUAUUGUCCCCCUUACGCAAUGAGAAAAAUUGCAUCUACAAGCAGCACAUGUUGCUACAGAUUGUGGUCCACAUCUCUAGUCAUCAUUACUUUCAUGCAUUUGUGACAUUACCUAGACUGCUCUAGUGGUUUGGCUUGUUUUGUUUAAACUUCUAAUGACUGCAAACAUUGCUUUUAUCUCUGCCCUGUGCUGCAAUUUGCUUGCAAGUACUGAAAAACAUUUCCCCUUGCUUAGAAAAUGAGGUCGAUGUUCCAGAGCAUCAUCCGAGAAAAAAACUUCGCUCAUCCAGCCAUCUGGAACUUUUCCUAUAAAGCUUUCCAGCAGAGAAUACUUCUGUAUUUAGAAAGCUGCUUGAGUGACUCUGAGCCCUUUCUCUUAGAGGUAAGCAAGGGUAUGGAGUGCUGCUUGAUUGAGAUGUGGGAUGUUGUAGUGGAAGCAUAGCUUAGUAGUCGCACAUCUACGUUGCAUGCAGAAGGUCCCAAGUUCAAUCCCUGGCAUCUCUAGGUAGGACUGGGAAUGUCCUCUGCUUGAAACCCCGGAGAGCCGCUGUCACUCAAUGUGUGGUGAUAGGAAACUAUAUGAACCAUUGGUCUGGCUUGGCAUAAGGCAGCUUGCUUUCUUCAUAUAUUUCUGUGUGUUGCUGGAGCACUUGAAUAUCACCCACAUUGCCACAGCAGAACUCUUGCCGUCUAAACACUGUGAUCAAAAAAGUACAUUCAGCACCUGAGGCUUAAGACAGAAGCCUCCCUGGCCAAACUAUUAUGUGUUUGGGAAAUAUUUUUGUAAAGAGCAAAGUACCCCACAGCAGAACAGCACAGGGCUCCAAUGUCACAUUUGACAUAUAUCAAGCUUGUAACCUGACAAUGUUUUGGACUAGCAAUUCCCAACAGCUCCAGCAUCAUGAGGCUGUGCUGACCGGGGCUUAGGGGAAUUGUAGGUAAAGCAUCUUCAGGGCACCAGCUUGGGCAUGGCUGCUGUAUAUAACUAGAAAAAAGAAAAUAAAGUUGAGAAGUGUUCUCUAGUAACUGUGUUCACAUUCUCUGUUUAAGAUGGCAAAAAGGGAUUUGGAUGAUCAGACAGAGACCAGGCUCAAUCCUUUGGAAAUGGCCAGCAAGGAGGAAAUGGUGAAAGAAACCUCAGAGGUGGCGGCAGCAGAUAAACCUGAAUCUGUGGGAAGAUCUAAUGAGACUUUGGAAGAGCCCCGGCCUGAGGCAGGGCCUAGAAAUACAGUGGAAGAACAGCCAAAUUCUCUGGAGGGAGGCCGUGAGACAGUUGCAAGGCCUUUGAUGGAGGCAAAGGGAGCUGUUUUGGAGCUUGCUAAAGUGGUUGAUGAGUGCCAGGCAGCUUCAAAGCCAGAAGAAGAAACUAGUGGAGCUGCAGAGCCUGCUGUGGUUGCUGUUGCCACUGUCUCAGCAGUUUCCAGUGACUCUGACAGGUUAGCGGCCUAUGGCCUCUUACAGUUUUGACUCCCUUUGCCAUGCUGGGCAGCUGUUUUGCCAUACAACUUCUGGCUCUCAUCACUCAGACUCAAAUUGCACCUGCUGCCAGGGGAGCAAGGUCUUGGGGGUGAGGUCAGCAACAUAAAUUGGCAAAACUUGUGGAGCAACCUUCUGAUGUUUCUUUAUUUUGCAGAUGCUCGCCUAAGAGGAUGGGCUCGUAUGGGUUUUCUACUCUGAGGGAUGCUUUCAAGAUCCUGUCCAAUUCCCCAGAUGCAGAUGAAGAGUUUUCAAAACUGGACAAGUUGGACUGGACUUUUCCCAAGCCAUGUUUGGCUUCUGAUUUCCACGCAGCCAAGUGCCAAACGGAGAAGAACCGUGCUGCCUCCAGGCCGCACCCCAGUGAACGCUCAGUGUCCAUAAGCACACUGGUUAUGGGGUCAGAGAGCUGGAACCCCCCAACUUCCUGCCGAGUUCCAUCCAAGAGACCUGUGGCAACUUUGGUUGUCCGGCCUGCACAGCCCCAAAUACCCACCCAGCCUGAUAAUACCACCCGAUAUCCCAGGUAAGAGGCCAUGACUGCUGUGGGGUCUGCUGGGGAACCGGCACAGCAUGAGGCAUUUGGUGCAACAUUCACCUUUGCAAGGAAUCCAUUAGAAGGCCUUAGGCCUCAGCCCAGAAGCUCCAAGGAAGGCAAAGGUGGUUUGCAGUGGUAGGGUUGCAUCGCUGUGCAGCUUCUCCCCCAACUAGUAGAAGCAGGUUGCGAGAGAAUCUGGUUUACAUACCUUGUCUUAAUUUUUAUUACUCAGAUUGCAAAGAUAGCAGAAUUGACAAUACGUUCUCUGGCCCCAUUAAAGAUUGCUAAACAAAUUUUUUGUGGCAGAAACACCUGUGCUUUGUCAGAUGCCUGGAAUGUUAGCUUCAGUUGCCAGACAGAAGGUAGAAAAUGUUAUUUCUCUCCCCCCUCCCUCCUUCCGUCUGUACCAAGGAUAAGGGUUUGUGUUUCUGCCACAAGCUAUUUGCUCAUAUUUAAGCUGCCAUAGGUCUCUGCAGUGGUGUGUUUGCUGGGACAAAUUAACCUCGCUCCUUGUCUGAUACUUAACCCAGCAUCUCCAUAAUCCUGGUUGUGUGUGGCAUUAAUUGAUGCAGCUCAGUCCCGUCUCAUCUCCUUGUGGGGUAGGUCUUUCCUCACUUGUGUUUCUCUGUUCCAUUCAGAUUAGCAAAGAGGAGACUAAUUUGUUUAAAUCAGGAUGAAGAAAAGGAGGUCUGGAGUGAUGAGGAUGAACUUUUUGGUAAGCAGCAACUGUUUGAAUCUGCCUGCUUGGUUUUGGGUGCUCGGCAUGAUCAAGGGUUCUUUGCCGCAAAGCUGCUAUUGCAGAAAUACACCAGCGAAGCUACUCUCAAAAUAGCAAAGCUGCCAAGCAGCUGAAGCUCUCCUCUGUGAGUGUCUGAAUGUCAGGCCAGGAGCUUUGAGUUCCCAUUGUCUGCUCCAUAGAAUUGAGAAGUUAAUUGGAGCCUGGUGAAGCAGCUAGUAUCCUGUACACAGUAAGGAUUUGGGGGCACAGCUCUUGGAUCAGAAAAAUAAAAUAUUUGGACUGCCUACUCGCAAGUGCACAGCAGCAGCACUGGCAAAAUUAUUGCCUUUUGCCUCAGACUGGCUUCUUGUUCUGCAUGAUGCUCAAUUGUUGCUCCAUGCACUCUUCUAAUUAAAGCACCUGUGCAGUUUUGAUGGCUUCUCACAUUGCAUUACCCAGUGACAUCACAAUGACAUGGGGGGAAACAUUGCCAGCAUGGCAAGCAAAGAGAACUGUUAACUGCGGUCCUUCAGGAGGCUUGCUUAGGCAAUGCCCAGACUAGCUAAAGGCAAAACUCUCAAAACCUGGUAAACAUCUUGCAAAGUGAUCAAUUUUGUGAACUGUGCUAGAAUGAGAUGGCAACUGUGAGUGAACAUGGAAGGCUGUUUGCCACGUAGUUUAGGGUUGCCAUACCUUGAAGAGCAAAAAAGAGGACAGCCUGAGCCAGGGAAAGAAGUGCACCCACAUGCUUCUUUUCCCAGCUUGGGCUGGCGGCAACAGUGGUGUGUAGAGUUGGCCAAGCAAUAAAUGAAUAAAUAACCCCUCCCUACAAUCCCAGACAUUUCCUUUAAAAUGUAAAAAUCCCCCUGGAUGGGCCUGUUGGUCCCCCAAAAGAGGACAUGUCUGGGAUGCCCUAGGUGUAUGGCAACCCGAACAUAGUUCCAUCAGUAGUUGACUGUACACAUCAUGCCAAGGGCUGGGUGGAAUUUGACCGCUACCCUGGAUUUCUGAUGAGGUGCAGUAGUGGUAAAACCUCCCAACUGCUGAGCCAGUAGCAGUAACCAGCUUACCGAGUGGUUCCAUGCAUCCCGUAAAUUUUGUAAAUGAAUUUGUGUUUCAGAAUCGAAGGAAGAAGGCAGCAGCAGCAUCAACACUUCCCUCUUUGGUUCGAAAAAGAAGGUAACCAAGCCUACACCCAGUCUGGAGCUGAGCACUCCAGUGGGGAGAAAUAGGCCUGCCUUGACAAGACCCCUCUAAAUGGAGGCCAGUUGAUGAGACCCCCCUCUCCCAAAUGAAAUAACUGAUGAAAUCCCCAUUAAUGGGAACAUAGGAAGCUGCCAUAUGCUGAAUCCUGGUCCAUCUAGCUCAGUAUUGUCUGUGCUACAGGGUUUCAGUCCAGGUGUCUCUUUCGCGGCUGUACCUGGAGAUGUCACAGGUUUGAAGCUGGGAUCUUCUGCAUAUUCAACCACUGGACUUAAGGGGCUUCUCCUAAUUAAUCAAUCAAUCAAGGGUCUUGGAUACCCAGAUGUUUCAAAGAAGCCUGGGCAAUCCCCACAUCAUAUCUGCUAUCUUUGAUGGCCUCUUCAGCCACACUGUAAGGUGGCUGAAUUUUAUUUUUAUUACCCACAUAUUGCAGAAGGAGGACUAAGUGUGGAGAGCGUGCCACCAAGUUGGGUUUAAUGUCUUGAAAUAUGGGCUAGAUAUUUGCCUGCUGUAAGUCACUGGGCUACAUCCCAUGGCAGCGGCAAUCCUCUGUUAGCAACAGCCAUGGAACCAUCUCCAGAGGGUGGGGUAUCUGUCGUUCUGUCAUGGGGACAGGGGGCAAGUCUUGCAGCACUUGAUGGUUGCUCAUGAGAGCCUGUGUCGUCCUCUUCUUUCUAGAUCUGGACUUCAGAGGAGUCUCAGUGGAUUAAGGAAGGCGUGAAGAAGUUUGGGGAAGGGAGGUGGAAAGCCAUUUCCCAGGCAUUCCCCUUUAAGAACCGGACUCCUGUGGCGAUCAAGGACCGAUGGCGGACAAUGAAGAAUCUGGGGCUCUUGUGAACCUGGGGGCAAGUGCCUGAGCUCCAACACUAUGUGGACACAGGGUGGGCCAGAAGUACUUUUGCAGUGUAUUGCGUUGGGCCAGCAGGCUGAUGACCACAAUCUCUUAGCAUCACUGGAGGCUUCUUCCUCUGCUUUCUGACAUAGGCUCUCCCCCCUCCCUCCAUUUUUUUUGUUUUUUGUUGUUGUUUAGUUUUCAGUACUGAAAAUGCAGAUUCAACUAAUAGAACUUGUUUAAACAAUUGGUAUGGAAACUGCACGUUUUACAGUAUAAAAAAUACGUCAUUUCAAAUUUUUAUUUUCUUAUAAAUGUUAUUUUUCACUGUAGGUCUGCUGUGAUAUUAAUAAACUGGUAUUAUGCCAUAAUCAUCUGGAGUACAAAUGCUAUAAAUAAGGUUAAAGUAAAAAGACAGUAGAAUAAGAUAUAUUCUAUCCACAAACGGGACGACAUCAUCUUAUAGUCUCACGAUAGGCAAACAUUCUUAUUUACAUCUGGAAUGAAGUUACUUCAAUUAGUAUUAAUAACAUACUAUAUAAAAUCCCACCACACUGCACCAAAAUCCAUAGGUUAUGCCUCAACUUGAAUUAAUUGAAAACUAAAUGUAAUUUUUACUGAAAUUGCAGUGUUGUACAUGUUUCUAUACCACAAAAUAUUUCCAGUGUUGGACAAUAGACCGCCUUGCUACAGUUGGUAAAGUGAUGCGUUCUUUAGAUACUACAUUUGUACCUUGGAACAUUGUUAAAAUAAAAAGCUAUGAAGUGAAUUCAGUUGUUUUCUU